UGAGAACACCGCCGACUGUUUAUGAUGGCCAAUUUAUUUCCCAGUGCAAAGUCAACAUAACACAGCAAACGUACAACAAUUAUUAACAUUUUUCUGGGGCCCUCAUGAGGCUGGGGAGUCAGUCAGUGGCGGAGAGGAGCUCCGGGAGCAGGCUCAACUUCCCCCCGGCGUCAUGGCUCUCUACCACGGCCGUCUGCCGCAUUUAGGAGUUCCGCCAUCGGCCCUGGGCCUCUCUGGUCCCCCGCUCAUCUACCUGUACGGCGGGGACAGCGUGCCCGCCUUGGGCUUCGUGCCGGCCCGCCAGGAGCCUCCGCAGAAGCCGCCCUACAGCUACAUCGCGCUCAUCGCCAUGGCCAUCAAGAGCGCGCCGGAGCAGCGCGCGACGCUCAGCGGCAUCUACCAGUUCAUCAUGGACCGGUUCCCCUUCUACCACGACAACAAGCAGGGCUGGCAGAACUCCAUCCGCCACAACCUCUCCCUGAACGACUGCUUCAUCAAGGUGCCCAGGGAGAAGGGCCGGCCCGGGAAAGGCAGCUACUGGACGCUGGACACCAAGUGCCUGGACAUGUUCGAGAACGGCAACUACCGUCGGAGGAAGAGGAAGGCGAAGAGCCACCAGGAGGCUCUGGACUCCAAAGCAGGGGGACACAUGCGCACCAAGGGCCCAAGCCCAUCCAGGGACCCUCGACCCUCUCUGGGAUAUCAGACUGGCUCGGAGAUACAGGCACCAGCGAGGCAGGACGCCGAGGCGAUGGAGACACAACCUGGUCCAAAAGACGCGAAACAGACGCAAAAUCCCCCCAGACCUAAAGUGUCCCAAAACCAAGACACGCUCGCGUCAACCGGGAGGAGGCUCGACGCCCCCCAGCCUGAGACAAGUGCCGUUCCGAGACCAGCUCCGCUCUGGAUGGACGCUGUGCAUGUCCCGGGUGCGUCCCUCCGCCGGGAGCCAGAGGAGAGAAGAGACAAGCAGAGAGGUCCGCUCUGCGCAGUCCGCUUCAGUCGAGCGGGGAACACUAACUUGGGCGCGCUUGCGCAGGACUGGCCGAAAGAACACGCGCCGAGCCGGGACAAAUCGAAAGGUUUCAGCAUCGAGAGCAUCCUGUCGAGGAGCGAAGACGAAAUGCGCAGCGGCGUCCUCGGGUUCUCCGCGGAGACACGAGCAGAGCGCGGUCCGUCCGCGUUCCUCGGCGCUCGGCCACAUCAGCUGUACCAGAUGGGAUUCCCUCUCUGCUCCUACCUGUCACUCACCUGCCCCGACAAAGUGCUGCAUUUUAAAUGAUUACACCUCAGACUGCCAUGUAUUUUUACGCGCGGGUGAAAGUGUAAACUGUGUGAUUAGCUUGGCACGAUGAGACAGCUUACUGCUCUCCUGCUCUUUUCAGGAUCUUGAUCGUCCUCAUCAUCUGCAGUAAUGACAAAGAGCAGCGGGGACUCUUUCAGAUUCAGUUUUACGCAUGCGUGAUUGUCAAUGGGUAUGGUUUCUGGUUAUUAUUUCAAAACGGUUGAACCCCAAAGUCCAUGGCUCAAUGCGUAAUACAACACAAAGUAGGAUGGUAUGCGGGUUAUGUGGAUAUUUAGGGAAAGCUCAUAUAUACAGUGAUUCUCUCUUCAUUCAUGAUGAUGAAAACAUUCAGUAAAUCAGUGGACGUCAUGGCUGAGUCUGCAGCCUACAGCAACUCUGGACAUCCACUAUGAGAAUAACGUUUAGUGCUCAAUAAUGUAACCAGAUGAUGCUCCACAUUCCACUCUGCUCUGAAUGCCCUGUGCAAAAAAAAGUUUAGUUUAGAAAGAAAAUGACAGCAUGAUUUAUUUAAAGCCGGGGGGUCAAAAUUAAAAUCCUGUUGGAAGAUUGUUUGGAUGAAAUGUCACUUUUUUGUAAUUAAAGUUUUUUAUUUUUUAUUUUUUAACAACACCCUGUAUCUUCUUUUCACUUCUGAGCCAUAAAGCGUAUGAUGUCCAUUGAGGACAGCCAGGCCUCAACUGUAGAGGACUGAGCCUUGUUCAGUGAUGCUGUCCUGCAUCCUAGAUUUAUUCAAAUAUAUUCUUCAUCCAAUGUGAUUGAAUAAAGUUAUCAGGAGUACUCCCUGGUAUUAAUAAUAUUGUAUUCGCCAGUCCCUUAACUUUAAAUAAAUAGAAAGAAACAUCAUCAAGGAAAAGAACACAUGGACCAAAAGUGUUGACUCGUGAUAAAUCCACUGUGAAGGAGAGUUCCACUGUAUUCUGCUCUAAAAUGUCAGUGACUGAGCAGUUUGAUCCUGCA